AUGGCCUCAAUGAGGGCAACACUCCCCUCUCUCUCAUCUCUUUUGUUCCUCCUCAUCGCCCUCCCAGCCUCCUACGCCGUACACCUCCCCGGCAUCCCGGCACGCGAUGGCAACAACCUCAAGUUCCGCGCCGCUCCGCAUCCCGUCAUCACGCCAGCCCCAUCUGCAGAUGCCCUCGAGCAGCGCCUGGGCCUGGGCGCCCGCGCCGCGACGGUCGCCUCGUGCGCCGAGAAGUGCAUCGCCUCGGUGGUGACCAAGUCGACAUCGUGCCAGCUCGACGACUCGGCAUGCAUGUGCGCGAUCAACAACGCGUACAUCAUCCAGUUCGGCGCGGCCGUCUGUGUGCAGAGCGCCUGUGGUUACUUGGUUGCAGAGAGUAUCUGGUCCUCGGCCGCACAGGUCUGCACCAGCAUCCGCGACGGGGUGUACACGCCCGAUACGACGGGCAAGAAGACUACCGCAACCGAUAACACCAGCAAGAACACCCAGCCUGCGCAGACGACGGCCGCCGGUUCCCCCACUGGUGGUGCCUCGUCCUCAUCAGGCAACGGCGACUCCUCCAAUUCGGGGGGUUCAUCCAACUCCGGGAGCUCCUCCGACUCGCUCUCCAAGGGCGCCAUAGCAGGCAUCGCCGUCGGCGCCGCGGCCGGCGCCAUUGUCAUUUGCGCCAUCAUCUUCUUCAUAUAUCGCUGCACGAAGCGCAAGCAGAACCAGGCGUAUCAGCCGCCGCAGCAGGUCACUGGCAACGUCGGCGGCCAGCAGCCUCCCAUGUCGCAGCCCCCUGUGGCGGCUUUGGCAGCCGUGCCCGGCAACAAGCCCGAGCUCGACGGCAAGUCGGGCGUGUACACCAUGAGCGGCGCAUCCCCAGCCCCCACGCCCUCGCCCGCGCCUCUGUCCGCGGACACCAACGGCGUCUCGCGGAACCCCAGCACGGUCUCGGCGCCGAGCCCUGCGCCACCGGCACCGGGACAAGUGCCAUCCUACUAUCCGAAAACUGUCCCGGAGCUUGGGACGUGGGAUCAGCAGCAGCAGUACCAACAGCAGCAGUCAUAUCAGCAGCAAGGCUACGUACAAUCUGGAGCGGGAGGCGUCUAUCAUGAGGUGCAGGGUGCUCGGCCAGAAAUGGCUGGCGACACGCAGAUACGACAGGAGUUACAUGGACAGCCGCACGGGGCGGGCGUGUAUGAGAUGCCUGGGUCGCAUGUGAGGUAG